AUGGAGGAUUGCGGCGGCGUCGCGGCCGGAGGCGGCGGCAAGAAGCCGUUCCAGCUGACGCGGUCGCUGACGUACCACCACCACCAGGGGCACCGGCCGGCGGCGUCGGCGGCCAGGUGGCGGCGGCAGCAGCUCGCGGACGAGCCGCGCGCACAGCGGCCGCAGGCGGUGGUGCUGUACACGACGUCGCUGCGCGGGGUGCGGCGCACGUUCGCUGACUGCACCGCGGUGCGCGCCAUCCUGCGCGGGUUCCGCGUCGCCGUGGACGAGCGGGACGUGUCCAUGGACGCCGCGCUCCGCCGGGAGCUCCAGGCGCUGCUGGCCGCGCGGGGACGCGCCUUCGCGCUCCCGCAGCUGUUCAUCGGCGGCCGCCUCGUCGGCGGCGCGGACGAGGUACGGCAGCUCAACGAGACCGGCCAGCUCCGCCGGCUCCUCGACGGCGCGGCCGGGCAGGACCCGGCCUUCGUCUGCGACGCCUGCGGCGGCGUCCGGUUCGUCCCCUGCACCGGCUGCGGCGGCGGCCGCAAGGUGUUCGUCGAGGAGGAGGACCGCGUCGUCCGCUGCGGCGAGUGCAACGAGAACGGAUUGGUACGCUGCGCUAACUGCUGUUCUUGA